CCGACCUCAAAAUCACACCGAUUAUGUUAUCGUUAGAGGUCAAACAUCCUUCUCCCGCCUUCAAUGCAGGCCUCCUCUUAUCCCCUGGAUUCUUCACCUUCUAUUACACCAAUAAAAAUCACCAUUAUUCCAUAAUCUCCCUUGAAUUGUUCUACAUCACCAUGAACAUCAUGAACGCCCGUGGCUUCUCUUCAAUGCUCUUCUUCCUUAUCGAACGCUCAAAUCGCCUUUACUUAAGAUUUGAUCAUUCAAAGAUUGAGCCCAAAGUCACGUCGUUUCGUGAGUUGACAUUGAAUCCUCCAGAGAUGAAUCACCUAGCACGACUUGAUUAUGCAACCUUUGUCUCAAUUGAUUCACCAACAUUCAGAAACAUCGUGACAGAAUUGCAUGCUGAUUAUGCUCAUGUUACUUUAACGGACUCACAAGUCAAAUUCUCCAAUGCAGAUAAGGAGAUUGUUCUUACCAAAAGGAAAAAACAAUGCAUAAUUGGAGAUGUUUCAGAAAAGGAUGAAAUUAAAUUUGUAAUCACUCUUCAACCCACGAUGUUUUUUCAUGAUUUGAGCCAUCAAUCAGCGCGGGUGUGGUUGUUCAGGUCGAGUAAUUCGUCUAGUGCGAUGAUUGUUCCUGUUGGAAUGUAUACUCAAUUUUGGGUCUAUUUCCCUCCUAAAGAGUGAUAUGUGAAACAA